UAAAAGAACUAAAGUGAUCGGAGAGCGGGGGAGGGACCGGAGAAUCCAUUGAAACUUAAAAAUGGGAUCGAUAAGCGGCGAAGGAUUGAAGCCACAUGCUGUUUGCAUCCCUUUCCCAGCUCAAGGUCACAUAAACCCAAUGCUAAAGCUAGCCAAAAUCCUCAAUCAUAAGGGCUUUCACAUUACCUUUGUUAACUCUGAGUUCAACCAUAGACGCCUUCUCAGAUCCCGAGGCCCGGAAUCCGUCAAGGGCCUUCCUUCUUUCCGGUUUGAGACCAUACCGGACGGCCUUCCUCCGUCCGACGUGGAUGCAACCCAAGAUAUUGCGACUCUUUGUGAGUCCAUUACGCAGAAUUGUCUUGGCCCUUUCAAGGAUCUCAUAGCUAGGCUCAACCAAUCCGGGCCGCCGGUUUCUUGCAUCGUAUCUGACGGCGGCAUGUUCUUCACACUUGAUGCAGCUGAAGAAUUUGGCAUCCCGGAAAUCUUGUUUUGGACCUGCGGCGCCGGUGGAUUCUUGGGUUUUGUGCUUUACCGCCUAGUCAUUGACAAAGGAUUCUCGCCACUUAAAGAUUCAAGUUACUUUGAAAAUGGGUAUUUGGAUACGGUUUUGGAUUGGGUAAAGGGCAUGCCCGGUGUAAGGUUGAGAGAUCUUCCGAGUUUUAUAAGAACUACGAACCCAGAUGAUCCUAUAGUUAAAUACAUCGUCCUAAUAACAGAGAGAGCCAAGAGUGCUUCCGCAAUUAUGGUGAACACGUUUGAUGCAUUAGAACAAGAAGCUCUAAACGGCCUUCAAUCCAUGCUCCCUCCCGUCUACGCCGCCGGGCCCUUCCAGUUCUUCGAGCAACAGGUGGAGGACAGCGGCGUGAGAGCACUGGGAUUAAGCCUCUGGAAAGAAGACACCAGUUGCGUGGAGUGGCUCAACACCAACGACCCAAUCUCCGUCGUCUACGUCAACUUCGGAAGCAUCACCGUGAUGACAGCGGAUCAGCUGGUGGAAUUCGCCUGGGGAUUAGCCAACACCAAGAAGCCAUUCUUGUGGAUCAUUAGACCCGAUCUUGUUUCCGGGGAAGAAGCUGUUCUUCCACGCGAAUUCGUGGAAGAAACCAGGGAGCGGGGGAUGCUAGCGAGCUGGUGCCCGCAAGAGCAAGUCAUAAGCCACCCCGCGGUCGGGGGGUUCCUGACUCACUCUGGAUGGAACUCGACUCUGGAGAGCAUUUGCAGCGGGGUGCCUAUGAUAUGCUGGCCGUUCUUUGCAGACCAGCAAACUAAUUGCUGGUAUUGUUGCACGCAAUGGGGAAUUGGAAUGGAGAUUGACACUGAUGUGAAGAGAUGCGAAGUUGAAAGGCUUGUGAGAGAGUUGAUGGGUGGGGAAAAGGGGCAUGAAAUGAGGAGAAAAGCUAUGGAAUUGAAGAAAUUGGCAGAAGAUGCUGCCACUGCUCCAACGGGUUCAUCUUACAACAACAUGGAGGAAGUGAUCAAUAAAUUUCUAUCUCCAAAUUAAAAUACUAGCUAGCUCCUCUGAUCUAUUUCCUGCCUCGAUCGUCAUACGCUCUAUCGUGUUCUAAGUUCCAUUGUGUUUUAUUUGUUAUCUAACAAUAUAUUUAUAGCAUAAGGCCAGGUCUAUUCAUAUGUAAUUCAUGAAAAUUUUUAAAGUGUGAUUGUUAUUGUAUUAAUUUACAACACGUAGAUACUACAGUUCAGGAUGAA